CUAUAUUUAAUGUUACGUAUCAUAGUUGUUUAAUUGUAAUAAACCCCAAACCUGUAUGUUUUAUAUUAUUUAUUACAAUUUAUUCUUCUUUCGUGAAUUAUAAAACGUAAUUUGUAAAUAAUUAAAUCUACAUUUAUAUGAUCGAUAUUUUAUUCCCUAGGACUAGGAUUGAACAAUGUCGUUUAAAGAUCUCAGAUAUUUCACGGAAAUGAUGCGAGCACUUGGUUAUCCUCGUCAGAUUUCUAUGGAGAAUUUCCGGCAGCCUAAUUUCCCUCUAGUCGCAGAAAUAUUGAUGUGGCUAGUAAAAAGAUACGAACCAAACGCUAGUCUGCCUCACGACAUUGAUACAGAAGAUGACAGAGUGAUAUUCAUCAAAUAUGUUUCUCAGUUUAUGGCUACGAAAACGAGGAUAAAAUUGAACCCUAAAAAGUUGUAUAUGGCAGAUGGUUACAGUGUUCAAGAGAUGUUGAAAGUUGUUUCAAUGUUGUACAACGCAGUUAGAUCUAAUAAAGCAGACCAGGCAAAUGAAGAUGUGACAGAGCGCUCAUUCGACGUCUCAAACAAGAUCUCGGAGUUGAAGCAAGCGAGACAGUUGGCGACUGAAAUAACGAUGAGUGGAGCGAAACUGUACGAGCUGUUAGCUGUUGAGGUUGAUUUGAGAGAGUUGAGGCUGGCUGCUGUUGCUAGACCUCUUGAGAUGGGUCAGAUAGAGCAGGGAAUGAAGAAUAAAGUGGUUUCCAUGGAGAACGAGAUCAAAGGGACACAGAAUAAGCUGGAUAACAUAGCAAACGACGAGGCGAAUCUUGAAGCUAAGAUAGAGAAGAAGAAAUCGGAACUGGAGCGAAACAACAAGAGGCUGAAAAGUCUGCAGAAUGUAAGACCUGCCUUCAUGGACGAGUUUGAGAAACUGGAGGGAGAUCUGAAGAAGUUGUACGAAGUUUACAUGGAGAAAUUCAGGAAUCUGACAUAUUUGGAGCAGAUUGUGGAGGCAUACGAUCGUCAGCAACAAGUCAAAGUAGAGGAAACAGAGAAGCAAUUGAGGAGAAUGCAAGAUCAGUUGCGUGAAGAAGAAAAGAAACUGUUUAAUCAAACGGACACGUUUGAGAACUUUGCCGAUGAUAGCGAAGGAGAGGUCAAAGAAGUAAAGAGUAAGAACCCGAGGAUUGUUGGGGCAAUGGAGGCCUCCGAUACUGAAACCGAGGAGGGCAGUGAGUACAUAUCCUCUGGUAGUGAACUUGCAGGAGAGGGAGAAAUGCCCAUCAGUGAUGACGAAGACGAGGAAACAGACUCUGAGAACUACGAUGAAAAAGACGACAGUGACGACAUAGAUUUCUGAAGAUAUCCGCCGCCUUAAAUAUGAUAAAUGGAGAGAAUAUCCGGGUAUCAUGUUCGAAACAUGUUUCGUGCUCGGGAGUCAGGGCUAUCAUGAACGUAUCCGACGUCUCAAGUCGUCCUUUUUGAUUUUCAGGAAUAUUUCAGUUCUUAUUCAUUAGAUAAAACGUAAGAGCGUAUUAUAUAUAUGCUCGAUUAAAAGUUUCAGAUUUUGCUUCAGACAGAGUAGCACUGGUUUGCUUCUCGAAUAUUUAAUUUUAUGUGUACAGAUAAUUUAAAUGUCUAUCAUGUAAUUAUAUCGAUGUAAAUAUUAUUUAUUUUUAUAGCA